UUGGACUGGAGGAUGUGAUUUUGUUAAAGUAAUCGUAUUCAAUGACGGAAUUCUUGUCGAAAGCCCUAACCAUUCUACUGUGUUUGUUAAAAAUUUAGAAAUUAGUGGUGGUGUUAAAAUGGCGAUAAUAAAUGGAAAUAACUUAAAGACUACUAAAUAUUGGUUGAAAACGGAGAUAUCCAUCAAUGGAAAAAAUGUUCAUUAUAACGAAGGUGUUACGUACAUAAACGGAGUUGAAAUUGAGAAGACUGGAGAAAAGAUAAAAAUAAAAGGGCGUAACAUAGAUGUAGCAGGUAAUAUCAAUAAGAGAUAUGAAAAGAUAAAAGGAAGGGCUAUUGAUGUUCGUGUCGAUGAUUGGAUCAGGAAUAUUUCUACCUCUACAAAGAAAUAUGUAUUUGACCACAUCCAGCCAAAUAAACAAAUAACCGACAUUCUUGAAAUAAUUCAUGGCAUUAAAAAGCUCGAGGUAUAUUGA